AUGUAUUUGAAAAAUGGGUUUCCCAGUUCAUCAAAAUUAAUGAAUGAACCAAUAUUCAAAAAGAUAAUUUUAGAUUUUAAUGAGGAAGCAACAAUAAAUAAUUAUGUAAAAUGCAAGAAUAAUAGUAAUUCUGUUCACUUCAAAAGUAGAUUUGGUACUAGAAUCAUUAAAAUAAUAGAUUCAAGCCAUGUUUUAAAUGGCAAACCUUGGGUAGUUUGGGAAAGCGAAAAUGUAGAUGAAUUAGUUAAAGAUGCAUCAUAUUAUAUUAAUAAUUUUGGUGAAAAAUACGUGGCUUUGUUGUUUGAAAAUAAUAACUAUGCAUUUCUACAAUACUCUGAAUGCCAAUUGUUUGUAAAAAACAAUACUCAAAAAAGAAAGAAUUUGAAUAUUUACAAAUUUUAUGAUAUUCAUGAUUCGAAUUACAAGAGACUAGAAGACCUUAUAGGCCUUUAUUUAAUUGGCUUAAAGGGCUUCAAAUAUUCGGUUGAAUUUCACUUUUCAAAGCAUUGUAAAAAAAUUUUUGGUAAAAAUUUGCCAGUGAAUUUAAAUUAUAACAUUUUUAAAGAUGAACUCUAUGUCAAAUUUAUCAACGGAAGGAUAGAAUUUCUAAACGUCAAUAAUAAACAUAUUAAACUAUUUAAUAAAAAAGAAAAAAUUGGUUCAUUAAAUGUAGUUUAUCCUUUAAAUGAACUUUCUGGAUAUACAAAUACAACUAAUGUAUAUCAUAGUACUAUUGCACCCAUAAAUACGUCAAGCAAAGUUAGUGGGAGUAAUGUCAAUAUUACAAGGAAUAUUCAUGUUAUGAAGACUUUGGAUUUAGCUCAGUUAUUGACUCAAGUCAGAGUUUGUCCAAUAAAAAAUUGA